GCGAUGGCGGGGCGCGCGCGGGCGGCGCGAUGGAGGGAGCGCGGGCGGGCGGCGGCACCGCGCACGUCAGCUUCGUGUGCCAGCGCUGCUGCCAGCCGCUCAAGCUCGACACCUCCUUCAAAGUCCUUGACCGCCUCACCAUCCAGGAGCUCACCGCCCCGCUGGUGACCGCAGCCCCUGCCAGGCCCGGGGACCUGCACGAAGAGGAGAGCGCCCUGACGGAGGAAGCCUUCGCGGAGAACCGGCAGGAUGGCGUGUCCAGGAGGUUCAUCCCGCCAGCCAGAAUGAUGUCAACGGAAAGUGCCAACAGUUUCACACUCAUCGGAGAGGCGUCGGAUGGUGGCACGAUGGAAAACCUCAGCCGGAGGCUGAAGGUCACUGGCGACCUCUUUGACAUCAUGUCUGGGCAGACGGAUGUGGAUCACCCACUGUGUGAGGAGUGCACAGACACUCUGCUGGACCAGCUGGACACACAGCUCAACAUCACAGAGAACGAGUGCCAGAACUACAAGAGAUGUCUGGAGAUACUGGAACAGAUGAAUGAGGAUGAUAAAGAGAAGCUGCAGACAGAACUGAAAGAACUGGCACUGGAGGAGGAGCAGCUGAUUCAGGAGCUGGAGGAUGUUGAGAAGAACCGCAAGAUUGUGGCUGAGGACUUUGAGAGAGUCAGGGCAGAGGCCGAGCGGCUGGAGCAGGAGGAGGCUCAGUAUCAGAAGGAAUACUGUGAGUUCAAGAGGCAACAGCUGGAGCUGGAUGAUGAGCUGAAAAGUGUGGACAACCAAAUGCGCUAUGCCCAGAUGCAGUUGGAUAAAUUAAAGAAAACCAACGUGUUCAACGCAACCUUUCACAUCUGGCACAGCGGGCAGUUUGGCACAAUAAAUAACUUCAGACUUGGCCGUCUCCCCAGCGUUCCUGUGGAGUGGAACGAGAUCAACGCUGCCUGGGGGCAGACUGUGCUGCUGCUGCAUGCCCUGGCCAACAAAAUGGGCCUGAAGUUUCAGAGAUACCGUCUUGUCCCCUAUGGCAACCACUCGUAUUUGGAGUCCCUCACGGACAAAUCCAAGGAGCUCCCCCUGUACUGCUCUGGAGGGUUAAGGUUCUUCUGGGACAAUAAGUUUGAUCACGCCAUGGUGGCAUUCCUGGACUGUGUGCAACAGUUCAAAGAGGAAGUGGAAAAAGGUGAAACUCGGUUUUGUUUGCCUUACAGGAUGGACGUGGAGAAAGGAAAGAUUGAAGACACAGGUGGCAGUGGUGGCUCUUACUCAAUUAAAACACAAUUUAACUCUGAAGAGCAAUGGACAAAAGCAUUAAAAUUCAUGUUAACUAACCUGAAAUGGGGCCUUGCCUGGGUCUCAUCCCAAUUCUAUAACAAAUAACUGAAGUCAGAACUUGGCCUGGCAGCUGUGGAGUGUCUGCGUUGUGGUGGAGAAAGACAAAUUAAUAUGUCUCUUAAUAUUAACCAGUACAAAAUGUUUACAAUACCAAAAAUCCACAAGACACUUUAUUUAAAAUACCAUUAUUACAAGUAGUUUAUAGAAAAGCAAUAUGCAAAGUUGUAUCAUUGAGCUGAACAGAAUAAAACUCAGCUAUUAAAUGGA